AAACCCUAAAAAUUUGCAGAGUGCAGAGCAGCCAUGGCCAUGAAUUUCCAAGUAUACCCUUCCCUUCUUCUUCUUCUUCCAUUACUGCUCCAGCUUCCUUCGGUGUUAGUUUCCGGCACCCGACGUGAAAUUCCAAUACUGUCCCUACACAAUAGAGACGCGGCCGCCCUGAGAAGCAGCGAAGGUUUCUUGUCGGACUACAAGACGUAUUAUUACAAUCAAACGCUUGAUCAUUUCAACUACGCGCCGCAGAGCUAUGUAACAUUCCGACAAAAAUACCUGGUGAACCGGCGAUAUUGGGGAGGUCCCGGAUCUCCCAUUAUAGCAUCUCUUGGGGCGGAGGAACCCAUCGAUGCUGACUUGGCAGUCAUUGGCUUUCUUGACGAUAAUGCCCCUGUCUUCAAUUCUCUUUCUAUUUUCAUCGAGCAUAGAUUUUAUGGACAAUCAAUUCCUUUUGGAACAACAUUUGAGGAAGCAUUGAGAAAUAGUACGACUCGUGGCUAUUUUAGUUCGGCUCAAGCUUUAGCCGAUUAUGCAGAGGUUUUGUUGCAUAUAAAGAAUAAAUUCUCGGCUAAAAAAUCCCCCAUUAUUGUAAUUGGAGGAUCCUACGGAGGAAUGUUAGCUUCGUGGUUUCGGCUCAAAUAUCCACAUAUUGCUCUUGGAGCGCUUGCCUCGUCAGCUCCUAUUCUUUAUUUCGAUAAUAUUACUCCACAAAAUGGAUAUUAUUCUGUUGUAACAAAAGACUUCAGGGAAGUGAGCGAGAAUAGUUACCAAACGAUAAAGGAUUCAUGGGCUGAAAUCGACAAAAUUGCAUCCCAACCCGAUGGGCUAUCCAUACUUAGCCAAAAAUUCAAGACUUGCCAGAAACUAGAAAACUCGGAUGAGCUCAAGGAUGCUUUGGAUGCAAUGUACGCGACAGCUGCGCAAUACAAUGAACCCCCAAAGUAUCCGGUCACAGUGAUCUGCCGGGGGAUAGAUCAACAUUCUUCUUCGGAGAAUACCACCCACCCCGACAUUAUUGGAAGGAUCGCGGCUAGCGUCGUCUCGUACUUUGGCAACAAAACUUGCUACUUCAAUUCAACUAAAGCCCCUACACAAACCUCUAUAGGAUGGAGCUGGCAAACUUGCAGUGAAAUGGUGAUGCCUGUUGGGAGAGGUGUAAACGACACAAUGUUUCCGCCCGAUCCGUUUUAUUUAAAAGAAUUUGUCAGAAGAUGUAAACAUUCUUUCGGUGUCGUGCCACGGCCACAUUGGAUCACAACUUACUAUGGCGGAUAUGAUAUUAAAUUGGUCCUUAGCAAAUUCGGGAGCAACAUUAUAUUCUCCAAUGGCCUUAGAGAUCCGUACAGCAGUGCUGGGGUCCUCGAAGAUUUAUCUCCAAGUAUUUUAGCUGUGACUACACACAACGGUUCUCAUUGUCUAGACAUAAUUAGAUCUUCAGAAACUGAUCCGGAAUGGCUGAUCGAGCAAAGGAAAAUUGAAGUUGGAAUUAUUCAAGGAUGGCUUAAACAAUAUUAUGAGAGUAUGCAGUUUUUUGGGAUUAAGACUUAAUUAAAACAAUGAUGGUCUAGUUGACAUUAUAUAUAUAUAUAUAUAUAUAUGUAUGUAUUUGGAUUAUUAAAUUAUAAAAAGUAUAUUUACUAUUGGCGAUUGAUCUAA